GAUUGAAUUCCGUAAUUUCAUUCCAAGAUACGUGUCAUAAAAGAGUACCGAAAUAUAAUGGCUUCUCCCCUCUUAGCAUAGCAUAUUUUUCUAUUAAAAGGAUAUUAUAGACAUAUCAUAUUACCUCGUGAUAUUGAACCCCUCCAACAAUUCCUAUAUAAAGCUUACCUCGCAAUAUUCAGACGCCUAGUUUCGCAAUCCAAUCGCUUGUUCGACGAUUUCGAUUGAUUGUUGUUAUUUAAGCAAUCAAUCCCAAAACCUCAAAGCUCUCUCGGCUAUCGAUUCGUUCUCUCAGGUUCGCUUGCCUCUCUGCACUUUUAGGGUUUUGUUCCGUUUCUACAAUUGAUGGGUACCCAAGAUCCGAUCGCCAUUAUCAACAGGAUGGAGGCGUUUGAUCCUGGCUUCGGCUCAGGCUCCUUGUCGAUUUUAGGCUUACUUUUAUUUUGCAUUAGAUAUUCCGAUCUCUCGUCGGCGAAGGUGAAAUCGAGGGUUUUGAGUCAAGAUGUCAAUUUAGCGUUAGGGUUUGAAGAUCAGAUCUCAUUGCUUUUGUAAAUUGUUGGUUAUAGCAUGGCCUUUAAUGGGGUAAAGAGGCCGGCGAAUAGGUCAGAGGUGUCAGUCUAUUCUCAACCAGGCCGAGGUGGAGGAGGGUUUCAACAAACCAAAGUUUGCAGGUAUUUCAAGCGAGGAGAUUGCACCAGGAUAAAUUGCACCUUCUUGCACAUUGUAGCACCAACGCCUCUCACAAACCCUCGUCGAGCUUUGGCUACCACCAAGGCCACAAGGGAUCAUGCACAGAGUUUCAAAUGGAAAAACAAUGAGAGCAUUCUUACGCAGAAGAGUAAGAUGGCUGCUUCGAAGAGAAUUCCUAGCCAGCAAAGCAUCGCUACCACCAAUAGCAUUGUUACUCCGGGGAGCAUGAGCCAGCAAAGCCCGGCUAAUGAGCAAAGCGUGGCUACUCAGAAAAGCAUUGCCAUCCAGAAAGCCAAUGCUACUCAGCAAAGCAUCCCUACCCAGAAAAGCAUUGGUACCCAGCAAAACAAUGCCAUUGUGAAGCCCUUGGAGAACGUCUGCAAUUUCUUGGCAACUGGAAAAUGUAUGAAAGGUGAUAGAUGCCCAUGCUUGCAUUCUUGGUUCCAUGGAGAUGGCUUCUCCUUGUUGGCACAACUCCAAGACCACAAGAAGGUGGUCACUGGUAUUGUGCUUCCCGAAGGAUCUAGCAAGCUCUAUUCAACCAGUAAAGAUGGAACAGUUAGAGUUUGGGACUGCCAUACUGGUCAUUGUGGCAGUGUACUUAAUCUUGGUGGUGAAGCAGGUUGUUUAUUUAGCAAGGGUCCAUGGGUUUUCGCAGGUGCUCCAAAUGUUGUUGAGGCAUGGAACAUUCAGACAAAUGCUGAGUUUAGCCUAAGUGCACCUGCUGGGCAAGUGCAUGCCAUGGAGGUUGGUAACGAAAUGCUCUUUGCUGGGACACAGGAAGGCAUUAUAGUGGUGUGGACAGAUGGUCCUGAGGAUAAUCCAUUUCAGCUUGCUGCACCACUGGAAGGCCACACUGGUGCUGUGUUAUGCUUAAAAGUUGAAGCCGACAGGCUUUACUCGGGUUCUGUGGACCAUACUAUAAGGGUGUGGGCACUUAAUACUCUUCAGUGUAUUAUGACACUAGAUACGCAUUCUGAUGCUGUGACGUCUCUUAUUUGCUGGGGUCAGUUUCUGAUCUCAUGCUCGCUGGACUGCACAAUAAAAGUCUGGGCUGAGAAAGGCGGCAACUUGGAAGCUACGUACACCCACACUCAAGAACAUGGUCUUCUUGGUCUUUCUGGAAUGACAGAUGCAGAAGCUAAGCCAGUCCUGUUAUGCUCGUGUAAAGACAAUUCUGUUUGGCUCUAUGAACUGCCAUCAUUUGCUGAAAGGGGCAGAUUAUUUGCAAAAGAAGAAGUUGGGGCAAUUCAGGUAGGACCUGGUGGACUAUUCUUCAGUGGGGAUGGAACUGGUCGCCUUUCUGUUGGAAGUGGGUGGAACCUGGUCUCAAAGUAGGGUCUUCAUGAGUAGCAGACAACCAACAUUUGAGUGCUAUUGGGUUUGCAAGAGCCAAGAGCCAUUUAGGCACAAUUGCGCCUAAUUUUGUAAAUAUUAAUAGCUGUUUAUUGCAGUCGCUCUUAUUAUCAAUUGUUCAUAUGAGUGAUAUGACAGAAUAGAUCCCAUUAAAUUCCAAAGUUCCUGUUA